AUGGCACCCACCUCCUACCCCAUGGCUCUGGCAGUCCUGGUGCCGCUUCCCUUCGACAUUGUCUUCACCGUCCUGCGCUUCUGGAUCAGAUCGAAGAGGAACGCGUGGGGACCUGACGACUGGGCGAUGCUGGUCAAUCUUCCGUUCUGGACAACCACUACCAUAUCCACCGUCGCAUUGGCUUGGAGUGGUGUCGGUGCCUACGACGCUUCACUGACCCCGUAUCAGUACUCGAAUUCCCUGAUGUGGUUCUACAUCUUCCAGGAGCCGUGGUGCUUCACGCUGAUCACCAUCAAGUGUUCCAUCGGUUUCGCACUGAUCAGGAUCGCAAAUGGCAAGAAGUGGAUCGAGUAUAUGAUCUACGCUUGCAUGCUGUCCUGUCUCAUUGUCAUGGGCGGUACUGGCAUGUACUUGUUUUUCCAGUGUCAUCCCGUGCAAAAGAACUGGUACCCAACUAUAGACGGUUACUGUCAGCCCCGCAGUACUCAGACCACCCUUUCGUAUGCGGUCGCUGUCGUAUCGAUUCUCAGUGACUGGAUCUUCGCGAUUCUGCCCAUCUUCCUGCUGUGGAACGUGCAGCUCGACUGGCGAGUGAAGUGCUCCGUCGUUGGUAUGCUCGGACUUGGAAUCUUCGCAUCGAUUGCUCCCAUUGUUCGUCUCAAGUACUUGAUCGGGUUGGAUGACGAAACGCGCAUCAUGCAGAACCUCGGCAAUAUCCUCGCCUGGGCAUCUGCUGAGGUAAACAUCGGAAUGCUUGUCGCAAACUUGCCUGCUUGCAGACCACUUCUAGAACGCAUGAUCCAUCGCUUCUCGUCUUGGACAGGGAGUGGAAGUCGCUCUUUUGGUGGCGGCAAGAAGUCGCAAGCGCGCGCGACCUCUCACAGCGGAGUCAAUGGCGCGUCGAAGCAGUAUCUGGAGCUUGAUGAGCGACCGGGAAGCACAACACUGCAGAAUUAUCUGACGAAUGGAAAGAGUACAGGUAGCACUGGCGUAGAAACAAGGAUAUAUGGUCACCUCGACGGUGACAGCAGCAUUAGUCUUGACCGAGACGAUGGGAGCCAAAAGCAUAUCGUGAAAAAUUCGGGCGCCGAUGGAAUGCGCGUCAAUAUCCAUAAGGAUUUCAAGGUGGAAGUGAGUAGAGGAGGCAAGCCACUUCCGAGAACGCCGGUGCCCGGAGACAUAGUAUGA